AUGGUUACUAAGAGUGGUUUCGGCAAGACCUCCAAGCGGGUUCCCGUCCGCCUGAGGCACAAGAUUGAGAAGUCUGCCGUUCAGAAGCAGAGAAAGCAAAAGAAGCUCGCAAAGAAGAACCCCGAAUGGCGGUCAAAGAUCAAGAAGGAUCCGGGUAUUCCCAACCUCUUCCCCAACAAGGAAAAGCUCCUCCAUGAUAUCGAAGAGCGCAAGCGCCUCAGAGCCGAAGAUAUCAACCGCGCUCGUGAUGAAGCCCGAGCCCGUAAGGCCCAAGGCUUGCCCGCGGCGCAAAACGGUAGCGAGGCCGUCGACAUCAAUGAGGACGACAUGCUGGACGAUGAUAUGGAGGGUGACGACUCCAACCCCAUGGCUGCUCUUCUCGCAUCAGCACGCGCUCGCGCCACCGAAUACGAUGAGAACCAAAGCGAAGAUGACGAAGAGAUGGACGAGGACGACGAUGAGGAUGACGACGAUGAGAUGGAUGAGGACGAUGAGGGUGGUGCACUGCUUGACGGCUCUGCUCCAUCAGUUACAGCAAAGUCUUUCACAAAGGAGAGCUCACGACGCCAGUUCGACAAGGUCUUCAAGCAGGUCACUGAGAACGCUGAUGUCGUUCUGUACGUGCUUGAUGCUCGUGACCCCGAGGGCACCCGCUCCAAGGACAUCGAGCGCGAAAUCAUGGCUGCAGACAGCGGCAACAAGCGUCUGAUUCUUAUCCUGAACAAGAUCGAUCUGGUCCCACCCCCGGUUCUCAAGGCCUGGUUGAUCCACCUCCGCCGCUCCUUCCCAACUCUUCCCCUCAAGGCGUCUACCGGCGCUGGCAACGCACACAGCUUCGAUCACAAGAAGCUGACAGUGAAGGGAACCGCUGAUACUCUUUUCCACGCCCUCAAGUCAUACGCCAAUGCUAAGCAGCUGAAGAGAUCCAUCUCUGUCGGUGUCAUUGGAUACCCCAAUGUCGGCAAAUCCUCCGUGAUCAACGCCCUCACUGCACGCCUCAACAAGGGCUCAAGCAAUGCUUGCCCAACUGGUGCCGAGGCCGGUGUCACAACCAGCCUUCGCCAGGUCAAGCUGGACAACAAGCUCAAGCUUAUCGACUCCCCCGGUAUUGUCUUCCCCUCCGCUGGUGACAAGUCCACAAAGAAGAACAAGAAGCAGGAAGAGCAGGCCCGCCUCAUUCUGCUCAACGCCAUCGAGGACCCCAUUCCCGCAGUCAACCUCCUCAUCAAGCGUUUAUCGGCUUCUGAGCAGCUUAUUGCCAAGAUGCUGGAGGUCUAUGGAAUUACUGCCCUUUACCCCACCAGCCAAGGUGACAAGACCACCGACUUCCUCGUCCAGGUGGCUCGCAAGCGCGGUCGUCUUGGAAAGCACGGUGUUCCCAACAUUGAGAGCGCCGCCAUGACUGUCAUCAACGACUGGAGAGACGGUCGCAUCCAGGGCUGGGCCAACGCGCCUGUGCUCAAUGUGGUCGCUUCGACCGAUGCUCCGGGCAGCGCCGCUGCGCCCGGCGCCGACACCACCCAGGUUGUCACCGAGUGGGCCAAGGAGUUCAGCAUCGAAGGCCUCUGGGGCAACGGACAGGGUGACGACGAGGAGAUGGCCGAGUAA